UAGGUACUCUCUCAGUUAUCCUACAGAUUGCUGAUAAAAUUAAUCCCAAAACCCUAAAAAUUUUAUUUAAAAUAAUUAUUUCUAAUUAUAAUAAAUUUAAAUAUACCAGAUAUGAGCGAAGAAGAUAUGGCGAAGAAGAUAGAAGCGAAGAAGAUACAGUGAAGAAGAUACGGCGAAGAAGAUACGAUGAAGAAGAUACAGCAAAGAAGAUACAGCAAAGAAGAUACAGCAAAGAAGAUACUGUGAUAAAAAUACGACUACAAAGAUAUUGGUUUGUAUUAGAAUUAUCAUAA